ACAAACCUCAUGAUUCAUCAUCUUCCAUCAAAAGUCGUAACCCCAAAAUAUAGAUUUUUAAAAAUCCUCAUCCAGUUGUAAUAAUAAUCAGGCUAUGCAUAAUGAACGAUAAUUAAAAUUUAAUUCCAGAAUAAAUAAAUAAAUAAAAAAAAUGGCAAAUAAUAAAAGAGAUGAACCAUUAACAGCUCCACCAGUGGAUCAAUGGUUUGACCUAACUCUGGGUUCCUCUUUUCAAGACAACCCUACUUCCAAAUUCUGCACUCUUCGCUAUGAAUUUAAGCCGGCGUCGAUUGACAAGAACCAGCCGGGGAAGUUGCAUAAGACUAAUGAUAAUAAAGUGGCAGUUGAGUUUCAAAACAACCAACCAGGGAAACCUAAAGUGAGUUUUGAAGGUAGUAGUGAGGAUUAUAAGGAUAACGAUGCGGUUUUGAUCUUUGACGGGACUAGUUUUAGGUUGGAGCGAUUACAUAGAUCCGUGAAGAGGUUGAGGCAUGUUAGGCAACCUGGUGAGUCUGCAGCUGCGGCUGCUACUAGUUUACCAGGCCCGCCGCUACCUGAGUCUAGUUCACCACCACUCGGGAAGGGGCCUAAAAAUCAGUCGUCAAAUAGGAGCGUACUUCCUCCAGCGGUAAGUUAUUUAUUUGUCCAAGUCGAACGAAUAGAGAUUGGGAAAUUCAAAGGCUUUGGUAUGUUUCAUGUUCAUAUGCAUUUUCUUUAUCUUUCCUUAGAUGGGAAAACCAGAGAAGAGAAGGUUGUUGAUAAUCCAGCCAUCUCUUCAGAUCCAUUCUACACAUCACCAGAUCCAAAGAACGAUGAUGAUCUGGACGAGCAGCUGAAUAUACUCAAUGAUGAUGACGAUGAUAUAGACAUUGGCCUAGAUGAUCAUGUUGAGCCAGUACCAGAAAGACAACCAUUUACUGGGAUUGAUAUCAAUAUCCCACAUCCAAAUGAAAGUGAUGAUGAGAUUGCGGAGGUUGAUGUUAAUGAUGAUGAAGGUGACACGGGCUAUAGUGCUGCAGAAGCACUUCGAGCACAGCUGAAUGUUGAGGAGAGAAAAGAACCAUCUUCUAGCUCAAGUGAUGGUAGCAGUAGUAGUAGCAGCAGUAGCAGUAGCAGCAGCAGUGAAAGCAGUGAAGGUGACUCUGUUAACUCUAUAUAGAAACAUUGUGAUACUC